GUCCUGAGGCGGUGGUGGACGGGCGUUCCAGGAUGGCCUUCAUGGAGAAGCCGCCAGCCGGCAAGGUCCUGCUGGACGACACGGUGCCGCUGACAGCAGCCAUCGAGGCGAGCCAGAGCCUGCAGUCCCACACGGAAUAUAUCAUUCGGGUACAAAGAGGAGUUUCUGUAGAAAAUAGCUGGCAGAUGGUUAGGAGAUACAGUGACUUUGAUUUGCGGAACAGCAGCUUGCAGAUUGCAGGCCUAAGUCUACCUCUUCCUCCCCAAAAAUUGAUUGGUAACAUGGAUCGUGAGUUCAUAGUUGAGAGGCAGAAAGGUCUUCAGAGCUAUCUCAACGCUAUCACCACAAAUCAUAUCUUGUCUGAUUGUGAGCUGGUUAAGAAGUUUUUAGAUCCAAACAACUAUUCUUCAAGCUAUACUGAGAUUGCCUUACAACAGGUUUCCGUGUUCUUCCGAUCAGAACCAAAGUGGGAGGUGGUGGAACCAUUGAAUGACAUAGGUUGGAGGAUAAGGAAGAAAUAUUUCUUGGUGAAGAUUAAAAAUCAGCCAAAGGAACGGCUAGUGUUAAGCUGGGCUGGCCUUGGUCCUGACGAGUAUCUGCCAGAUAAAGAUUUUCAGUGUCUAAUCAAACUUCUGCCGUCUUGUUUGCACCCUUACAUCUAUCGUGUUACCUUUGCCACAGCUAACGAAUCCUCAGCAUUGCUAAUUAGAAUGUUUAAUGAAAAAGGAACUUUGAAGGACCUGAUCUACAAGGCAAAACCAAAAGAGCCAUUCCUAAGGAAGUACUGCAGCCCUAAGAAGAUUCAAGGCCUUGAACUUCAGCAAAUAAAAACAUAUGGGUGGCAAAUAUUAGAGGUACUAAAGUUUCUCCACGACAAGGGAUUCCCUUAUGGGCAUCUUCAUGCUUCCAACGUGAUGCUGGAAGGGGACGCUUGCCAGCUGCUGGACCUUGAGAAUUCCUUGUUGGGCCUUCCUUCCUUCUACCGAUCUUAUUUCUCACAAUUCAGGAAAAUCAACACAUUGGAGGGUGUGGACGUCCACUGCUUUGGCCACUUACUGUAUGAAAUGACUUACGGACGACCAGACUCAGUGCCUGUACACUCCUUCCCUCCUGCACCGUCUGUGGCUGUGGUGGCCAUGUUGGAGUCUACGCUGUCUUGUGAAGCCUGUAAAAAUGGCAUGCCCACCGUCUCCCUGCUCUUACAGAUGCCAUUAUUCAGUGAUGUUCUGCUAACUACUUCCAAAAAGCCACAGUUUAACCCCACAAAGUUAAAAGAGGCAUUGAGAAUUGCCAAAGAAUGUAUAGAAAAGAGGCUAAUUGAAGAACAGAAACAGAUCCACCAGCAUCGAAGACUGACGAGAGCUCAGUCUCACCAUGGAUCCGAAGAAGAAAGAAAAAAGAGGAAGAUCUUAGCUUGAAAGAAGUCAAAACGAUCUGCUGUUGAAAAUAGUGAAGAGCAUUCAGCAAAAUACAGCAACUCCAAUAAUUCAGCAGGAUCUGGGGCCAGCUCACCUCUCACAUCCCCGUCAUCGCCGACUCCACCCUCCACACCAGGGAUGUCCGCGUUACCCCCACCUCCUCCACCUGCGCCUCCGCCACCAGCAGCUCCCUUGCCUCCUGUGAGCACAGAGGCGCCCACGCAGCUUCCGCCCCAGGCUGUGAAUGGCGUGAGCCGAGGGGCCUUACUCAGCUCCAUCCAGAAUUUCCAAAAAGGAACUUGGAGGAAAGCCGAAACCUGUGAUCAUAACGCUCCUAAGAUCGGCUAAAGCUUUGUGUUUACACUUGGAGGGAAAAGUUGUUUUGUUUUUCCUUCCACCUCCAACCCCUAAAGUACCCUCUAUCUGGAUGAAUAAUUGCUGAGCCAGUACAGUCACAUACGACUUCGCAGAUGCUCAUGUAAGAGGCUUUUCAAGAGGGAAAUAGUCUUCAAGUAGAAUAAAGUCAGGCUGGCAUUGCUGCCUUAAGAAAUAGUUUGCUCCUUUGUUACGCUUGUGAAGGAGUCUUGCUCUUCCUCUAAUGGUCAUCUUUUGGUGGCAGCAGCAUAUUGGAAUCAAUUAUUUCCACCAACAGAAGGAA